GCUGGAGUUGUGGCUGAGGUUUCCGUGCGCCAUGGAGGGCGAGGUCCUGGGAGAUGACGCACUGCUGCGGAGGCUCAGGGACAGCCGCCGCCGCUUCCAGAGGCGCAUGCAGCAGCUGUUAGAGAAGUACAACCAACCCUUCGAGGACGCCCCGGUGGUGCAGAUGUCCACGCUGACCUACGAGACGCCCCAGGGAUUGCGAAUUUGGGGUGGAGGACUAAUAAAGGAAAGAAACACAGGACAAAUCCAGGGCUCCCCAGUGAAGAUGAAAAGCAGGACGGAUGGGCCUGUGCGAGACUCAGCCGGAGGGCAUGAGCUUCCCUCGCCCUGCACACAAGUCGAGGAUUCAAAAAGCACUGAUGCUGAUACAACUUUAUUCCAUGAAGAUGUGGUUGCUGGUAACUUAAUGCCUGCAGUGCCCUGGAGCCCACUGAAAAACGAGUUAAGGAGGAAAUACUUGACACAAGUGGAUAUCCUGCUGCAGGAUGAAGGGUGUUUGGAGUAUGCCAGUUAUGCAGAGGGAAAGGACACCCAUGUGACCCUGGUCCCUUCAUUGGCCUCGCCCACCAGGCCUGCCCAAGGAUACUGUGGUGGUGGCUCUGAAGAGAGCCCCGGUGGCCCAUUUCAGCCACCUUCAUCGCCCAGAGAGGGCGAUGCUUCAAGCUCUUGCCCAGCAGACCUGGCCGUGGUGCCGAGGGGUGACGGCGUCUCCUUACAUGGGACCGGUGGCGGCAGCUUCUCCGGCAGCCUGUGCGCUGAGGCUGAUGACAUCUGCAAUGCGACACUCAGCGACCUGUACGCAGGCAUGCUGCACUCCAUGAGCCGCCUGCUGGGUGCCAGGCCCUCCUGCGUGAUCUCCACCAAGACAUUCAUUGGCCGGAACUGGAGCACCAGGCAGAGGCACAGGUGGAAGAGCAGGAUGAACAGAACGAGCUGCCGAGCAGGAAGGCGCUCUCAGAGGAGCCCCCGGGAGAGACGUCCACCCUGCUCCGAGCCCGCGAAGGACGCGGCAGCACUAAGAGAUCACAAGAACUUACUCGAUGUUUCUGGCCAUAAGAUGUGUUUAAAAUUGGGGAGGGCUUUUCUUGAAGUAAACAAACCCCAAAUCCAUGCAUUUGAUCCACGUUGGAAGGAGCUUCAGAGAACACUCCAGAAACAUUCUUCAUUGACUUUCUUAGACUCCAAUGCAGUGUAUCAUCUUGAUCAGGAAAACAGAUUCAUGACACUAAAGUGGUUGAUUUCUCCUGUAAAAAUAGCUUCCAGACCAAGAAUACUAUGGGGCCAGGAAGGGAAUCGUUAUAGGGAGAUCGAAAUCAAAUUUGACAAACUUCACCAGGAGUACUGCUUGAAACCUGGGAAGCAGCCCUGCCUCCCCAGCUCCUCGGCUGUGGACGUGCACAGAGGGGGUCCAGGAAGCCCUGGUAGCCCCCGGGGCUUAGAAGCCCAGAGGCUGAGUAGCCCCCUCCACAGAGCAAAAGCUAAGAGGCUGAGUGAGGCUUUUGAAAGCCUGGGCAAAAGAUCUAUCAGAGAGGAUAGCUGCCUGCCAAAGAGUGACUCCUUCCCCUCACUUUCAAAGACCAAAUCCACACACAGCCCAGGCCACUCCCAGCAGACCUCAGACCUUGUUUGGCAAGGAAAUGAUCUGGGAAGAUUUAGGAAGUCAGUAUCACUCAGCAAAGCCAUUUCAGUACCCAGGGUACAACCUCCAGGCUGUGCCAGGGAUCAUUACAAUGAUAUUAAAGAAAAAUUUGACAAGCUUCAUCAAAAGUAUUGCCAAAAAUCGCCUCAGCAGACACAGGCGCCUUCCUGUACCAGAGCAUCUCCUGAUAAAGCAAGUGUGGGAGUUCGGUAUCAAAAAGAAGGUUUCUUAGGAAAAUUCAACUCAGACUCUGGCUCCCAGGGCCCCCCACAGCUGUCAUCACCACCCCAGCGGAGCAUAAACAGUCCCCUGGGCUCAAACACAACUGAGGCCCCUCCAUCUACAGGCUUUGUUCUCCAUGCCCCGUGGGGCCAUCAAGUCCCCACAAAACGACGCCGAUUAUCAGACCCUCAGGUGUGCGGACGGUGGGCUGGACCGUGGGAUUUCUUACCUGUGGACGGAGCCACCCUGAGGCCUGGAGAAGAGGUCAGCUCCUUACAACCCACCUGUGAAGAGAAGAAGAGGAAAGAACAAUACAUCUUUCAGGAUGGAAGAGAAAAGUGAUCUCGUGUUAGAAAACCUCAAAGCUGAAAGUCUAUCGCCAAGUUAUUUUGGAAUAUUCUCUCUUUUCACUCUUUGAUUUUGUGUAUUUUUUUUAAUCCUCAAGAAUAUGCAAGAACUUGCUUCGCUUAUC